UCAUUUCUCUGUGUUCAUUUUCUUUUCCUUUUUAAACAUUUGUAGUUACUUUUCAUUCUUGUCUAUACUUCUUUCCUCAAUCGUUAUCCCCCUCUUUCUAUUUAUUUUUAGUCCUAUCUAUUGUAAUUGGCACAUUUAAAAUAAACAUGAAGCACAUGCCCAAUGGUCAACUUCCAGGUGUCCACUGCAGUGAAGACUUGGAUAGACUGACUGACCACGUGACAGCCCGGUCCAGGCCCCUCGUGAUGCCCGUGUCCAGAGAUACUGGACGCGUUACGGUCACUGCUCAGAUGUACUUAAGCCAGAUAUUCAAUUUAGACGAGGUGUACCAGAUGUUGUCAUUUUCAGCCAUCUUCGUAGUGAAAUGGAACGACGGACGCUUGGCAUGGAACGCCUCAGAAUUUGGAAAUAUUUCCAGCAUUGCUCUGCCUCUGUCGUCACUGUGGAUUCCUGACUUAGACAUAUCGAACAGUGCAGACGAGAAUGCAUUGCUUUACAGUAGCUCUGGUCCGGCUAAUUCCGUUAAAUGUCGGAUAUUUUCGGACGGUAACGUGCAGUGGACGCCGCAUGGCAGCGCCGGUUCUCGUUUUUCUCUCUGGUAA